CAGUGCUGAGUCCAGAUCUCCCUCUCUCCAGGUGCUGGUCGUUUUACAGAUGGUGAGCUUGUGGUCAUGUGAUGAUGUCAUGCACCAAUCGGGCACUUGGGGUUAUAAAACCCCGAAGGAGACUUUUUCUCUUUUACUCGUUGCUCUGCUUUGAAAGGUAAAAAAAGUUCCACAUCUAGAGCCCUGAAACAGCCAAACUGUCUACUUCAAAGAAGAAAAACUCCGGCUUGCUGCCACAGAACAUGCACUGGCAAAAAUCUGUGACUUCAGAUCAACAUCAGCAUAAUCAGACACGGCCCUACCUUGGUGUACGUGUAAAGGAACCAGUCAAAGAACUAUUGAAAAGAAAGCGAGGGAAUUUAACUGGAACUAAUUCCAUAACACCUAUGGUGACCUCAUCUUAUCAGACAUAUCCAUCCUACACGCCAGUAGUUUCAAACCCCACUGAACUGCCCUAUGCUGAUUUGGAUGGUACAACAUCACUAUUGCCAAUACAUGAUGAAGGGACCCUUUACACUGGAUGGAUAUCCCAGCCAUCAUCUUUUCAACCUUUAACCCAAUGGACAACAUGCCCAGAGUACAUUUCACAUGAAACCGUCAGCUGUCCUUACACAGGAGAUAUGUAUGUACAGCCAAUGUGCCAAGGUUACACCGUGGUUGGUCCACCUUCUGUCUUGACUUAUACCUCGCAACCUGUUCUAACAAAUUUCACAACGAGAAACACCACUUCCUGUGUUGCAACUCAAUUAGAAUAUACAGAUCAGCAAACACCACUGACUUACUUUCCGUGGGCUCAGACAAUUCCAAGCCUUCCAGCAGCAACUCAUUCCAUGCCAUACCAGGCAGCUCCACCCACAAUUCAAAGCCCACAGUUUGUGCCCAUACCUAUUUCUCUACCAGAUCCCAUGCCAGAAGAACCUGAUGACUCAAGGAGAGUCAUCAACAAUAUGUCAAUAGAAAAAUUACUGCAUGGAGAUGAAGAGACUGAUUCAUAUGUUCUACAACAUACUCUGUCUAUUGAGGGGCUUUAAGUUGCGUCUUCACUGAAAUAACUUAGAGCUAUAUUUAAUAAAAUGUGAUCUGAGUCUAGAUGAUGUAAUUCUAUACAAUGUAAUUUGAAAAUAUACUUUGAAACCCUGUUCCCUAAACAAACCGUGGUUUGCAUUAAAGAUUUUUUAAAACCAAGAAGAUGACCACCUUGAACAAAUGUAUUGUAAAUUCACCCGUAAGUACCAUACAACAGACUUUGUUACAUAUGUUGUUGGCAAACCAGACUAUGUAGUUCAGAAACUGUAAGUCGCUGGUUGUUUCACAUCCUUACUAUGCACGGUAUGAACCAGUAGUGCACCAUGGGGCCGAUUCAAUGUACAACAGUAGACAUGAGGUGCCAUGCCAUCCAACGAUAUUGCAAGUUUUCCUUCUCACCCCAUAGAGGUCCAAGGGAAAACUUGCAAUGUUGACACUAAAGUAACUGGCCCAGAGGCACAACACACAAAAUUAAAUUCUCCCCCCACAACAAUAACAAUUUGUGAAGGUCUAUAUAAAUGUCCCUCCUUGUUUAAUGAAAACUUUCAUCUGUGAAUUUCUUUACUUAAGGUAUUUUGUAAAGAUUAUCCAAUUCUUUAAGAAAACCUGAAAUUUACUGUAUAUGAAUUUUGCUAAUGCAAUGCAUCAGAAUGUUCCAGUGUACAAUCGCAUGAAUUUGAGACUACAGUAUUUUCCAGAUUAAUUUAGAAGAGCCCACUUUCUAAUAAUAAUAAUAAUAAUAAUAAUAAUUCAUAUUUAAAACCGGUUGCUUAUUCACCAGUUACUUUGCUACCUACCCACUCCAGUCACCACUAACAUUAGAAACAGCUGUACACUGUAUACAUGUUUUUCUUUUUUCAACUGAAAUUUUUAUAUAUGUCCUAGACUCCUACAUGCUAGAAAAGGUGAAACUAACUUUAAUUUAGCCAGCUGAAGAGAUAAAAAUAUUUGUUUCCCAUCAACUACAUAUGAAAAUGUGAUUCUAUU